AGCGCGCGGUCCAGCGGAAGUGGAUCUGAAGCGGAAGUGUUGUUGUUGUUGUGUUGACGGUGUGAACAGCAGCGGACUCACCUGGAGAACAGGUGUGAAGUCUCUGCAGGUCAAAGAUUUUCUCCCCCUGGUGGUCAUGGCUCUGAUCUCUCUGGAGGACCUCGAUGGAUUGGACGACGAGCAGUUGGAUGAUGACAUCACUGACAACCCUGAGCCAAUGGAUGAAGAGGAUAGAGACAGGCUGCUGGCCCAUUGGCAGGCGGUCGCCAGUACCCACCAGGUGUCUGUACCUCAAGAAAUGACAGGACCCAUACAGGAGAUGACCCGCAACAGCCAGCAGAGGGAGCCUCUCCCCUUCACUCCAAUAUCCUGCCAUGAAAAGAUGGGGGAGGUGCUGUGGGAGGAGCGGGUGUAUCCUGCGGGACACUGGGCGUGUGUGACCAGAGGAGAGGAGCUGUACGAACAGAGCAUCUCCAACGGCUUCAUGAAACUGAUGCGCUUCAUCUGUAAAGAGAACUCUGCAGGUCGAUACCUGGGGAUGACGGUGCCGGUCAUCAAUAACAUCCACCUGAAGGAGGACGGAACCGCGUUCAACAAAGAGAUCCAGACUUCGUUCUUCCUGCCUGCUGAGUUUCAGACCAACACCCCCCCCCAACCCUGCGACCCCGACAUCACCAUCGUCCACAGAGAGCCAAUGAGAGUCAUCGCCAGGACGUUCUUGGGGACGACCACAGAGGAGACGGUGGCGCUUCAGAUCAGUCUGUUUUGGGAGAUCGUCGGCGUUAACGACGACCUUCACAGAAACAACUACAUGGUCGCUGCGUACGAGAACCCAGGUGUACCGCGCCGCAGGAACGAGAUCUGGUUCAUAAGACGCCACCUGUAGACGUCUCCCAUCAUCCUCUCACCCUUUCCUCCUCUGAUUGGCUGGUUUGUUGUAAACAGCUUGCUUCCCCCCCCCACAAAUGGACCAAUCAGAGCAUGUUUAUUAGAAGCAGGUCCUGACACUAAACCCCGCCCCCAAAUCCUCCUGACCAAUAGCGACACACGUGAUGUCAUUAAUUCACAAUAUGUUUAGUAAAGACUUUUUAUCAAGUCCAGCAAUGAAAUAACAGCUUAGUAUGACAUCAUCGUGGAAGUGUUAGGUGGAAACAGUCACCACAAGGACAUGUGACUUCAUCCUGAGGAAGCGUAUGGACAUGUGAUGAGUCGGGGGGUCGUCAGGAAGAAGAAAUAUUUUUAUAAUGAAGCUGCAGGUUUUGUGACAGAAGGUUUUAACGGUGGUUUGUUUAUUAUUAGUGUGACGCGCGACACAUCAUGUGACAGAUUCUACAGUUUAAAUAUGUGAUGUGAAAUCAGUUAAUGACAAAACACUUUUUAUCACUUCAUCUGAUUCUUGUGCAUUUUUCCUUCUGUGUAAAAUCUUUUUUUAAUAAAAUCUGAUUUAAACGA